AUGAAGCAGCACAUUGCAGGCCAGUCCGAGUGUGUUCGUGUGUUGCAGGCAAUGGAUAUGAAGGUCAUCGCAGCUGUGUCGUUGGACAAACUUGACAUGCCAAUGCCUGAUAUGCCAUCGUCAAAGGGUGCCGCUCUAGGACAAACUGAUUCGUUUAUCCGCGCAAGACAAGCAGGGGAGGUCAUUUUCGAGAAUGCUCCGAAGGUGGCUAUCGAAGCACUUGCAUGCAGAUAUACAUUAUACAUUAUUCUUAUUGAUUUUUCAUUUAAGGCGUGGGGGGCAUCGUCAUCAAUUCUAUCAAAGUGA